GAAAGAGGUACUCCAAUAGGAGUCCUGACAGAUAUAUUUAUAGUAGAAGAGUUGCCAAAAUACAAAGUAUUCCUAAAUCGAUAUUAGGCAGAUUCCUAAAUAUCUAUUAAGUAGAUUCCUAAUUAUAUUAGCCUAUUACACCCCCUCAAACUGUGCGGGAGAUACAACGCGCAGGUUGUCUUUUAAAAAAAAAUGAAAUUGCAAACUAAAAAAACACUCUUAGUAAAUAUAUUCGUGAGCGGAAGAUUAGAAGGCACAUCUUUGACAAUAAGAUCUCCAUGAGAAUAUAUGUCUGCAGCAGCAAGCGGCGAACUCAACAGCGCGCUUGAAGCAAGCACCGUGGUCAGCGACGCAGAGAAGGUGGGCUGCGCGGACAUAGGCAGCAGCAGGCGGCGAACUCAACGGCACGCUGGAAGAAAGCACCGUGUUCAGCGACGCGAAGGAGGUGAUCUGCGCCAUAUUAACUGCGCUCAUCUUCAAAGGAUCGAAGACUACCGUAAAUGUGGCGGCAGUCGACCCCGAGGCGGCGGCGGCUAUAAUAAGGUUCAUGGGAACCGAAAAAUAAAAGAGAAAAAAAAAUGUGUCUAAAAACCUAAGCUCUUGAUACCAUGUGAAAUAAUG